AAUGCGUCACAAAAAUUGCCGGCUUCCGACGAGAGUACGUGAUAAUCAACAAGUGAUAUCAUGGCCGUUACAUAAAUGCGGAACAGUAGGAAUAGGCGGAAUAGUUGAAACGAGUAGAAUAACCGGAACAAGCGAAAUAAAAUGAAAUGUAAUUUAGAAUUCAACACGAGAUGAACGAUUGAAUUAUGUAAAUUAUUAAUUAAAAUCAAUCAAUAUGAAUUUACAGCAGCAUUAUUAUCAAUGAAUUUCGCAUUGAGUUUCCAAUUCCAUUUUAUUUCGUUCCGCUUGUUCCAGUUAUUCCACUUGUUUCAACGAUUGUGCCUGUUCCGUUUUUGAAUGUUCUGCUUUUAUGUAACGGCCAUGACGCCAAAUGUCGAUAAUCACGUGCUCCUAUCGUAAGCCAGUAUUAUAAAAAUAUAUUACAUCUCAACAACACUAAUCGUUUAAAUAAAAAAUAUAUUAUAUUCAAUAUUUCAUGAUAGAAUUUAUUUUUUACAGUCCACAAAGAAAUAUGUCGUUCGAUAAAAGGAAUAAUCCUGAUUUCGAUGAAUCAACAGAAUCUCCAGAAAAGAAAAAAUAUAAACUUUGGAAAGAAAAUUCAAGCAUACUGGUUCCUUUGAAAACAUUACAACGUUGGGCAAAGAAACGAGUAAAGAUUAGGAGUAAUCAUACCGAUAUUGAGUUUAAUAUAAAUCGACAACAUGAUGACAAAAGUUUAGAUAACAAUUAUAGUCCCAAUGAUGAAAACCUUACUUCAAGAUUGUCUUCGUCUGAUGAAUAUAAACCUAUUUAUGAAGAAAACAGAAAAAAAAUAAGAGAAUUUAGGGGUGUAAAAGAUUGUGGAGAGAUCAUCGAUGAUAGUAGUGAGAAUGAUUGUGAAGAGAUCAUUGAAGAUAAUGAUGAGAAUGAUUGGGAAGACAUCAUCGAAGAUAAUGAUGAAAAUAUUAAUACCAAUAGCAAUGAUACUUUUAGUGGCAACAAUAGUAAUAAUCAUAAUAGACAUGAUGAUAGCAAUGUUAAUGAUAACAAUAACAUUGCUGAUAAUCACACAAAAAAUAACGAUGCUACCAAAUUAUACUUAAAUGCAGAGGUAACAGUGAUGGAAAGUGUUCAUAUAGUUCUAAAGUCAUAUUUAAAUCGAAAAUUAACUAAAAUUGCUUUACAAGAAAAUUUGAAUAUACUUCAAAAAGUGCUUCCUAAGCCUAACAAAAUGCCAAAAACUAUAUUUACAUUAUUCGAUUAUGUUCGUAAAAUAUCUCCACCUGUUAAAAUUAUCAAACAUUUGUAUUGUAAAAAAUGUGCGUUUUAUACUGAAGAAAAUAGUGUUUUGAGAAUAUGUACGUCAUGCAAAAGCACAGAGGGCACAUCAUAUUUUUACGAACUGGAUAUUAUCGACCAGAUAAAAUUUCUGUUUGAACAUAGAAACUUGGCCAGUAAAUUGCAAGUUUUACCUCAUCAUAGUGAAUUAAUCUCAGAUAUUACUGAUGGUUCCGAAUACAUCAGAGUUAAUUCUAGGAAAGAUCGUAACCAAUAUGAUUUGACGUUGAUUCUCAAUACAGAUGGCUUAUCUUUAGUGAAAAGUGCUACAACUCACUGUUGGCCUCUUAUGUUCACCAUAGCGGAAUUACCUGAAUAUCUUAGAGAGUCAUUUAUAAUUAUAGUCGGUUUGUGGUAUGAUACUCAAAGAAAACCAUUAAUGAAUACUUUCUUAAAGCCCGUUUGUGAUAAAAUUAUUAAGAGUUUCGAGAAGGGUAUUCAAUGGACUGAUAAAACAACAAAUGAGACCUUUACUUCAAUGAUUGUAGCACCAUUGUUCAUAGCUGAUGCUCCAGCUCGAGCAGCAAUUCAGAAUAUUUCUUAUUUCAAUGGAAAAUUUGGCUGCAACAUUUGCCAAAUUAAGACUCAACAAUGUAAAGGUCCCAAGGAUAAAAAAAAAAGAAGAGUUUUUUUAUUUAAAGAGAAAACAAGUUGUUUAAGAACAUCUGAACGAAUGAUUGAGCAAGGUAAUAAAGCUUUUACUGAAGGAAAAAUACAUAUUAAGGGUGUAAAAGGAUCAACUGUCAUUUCUAAUUUACCAUUUAUUGAUUUGGGAACCUGUGUGAUCCCAGAAUUCAUGCACUCAGUGCUUUUGGGUGUUGUGAAGCAAUUUAUUAACAUUUGGAUAAAUAAAACAGGUGAUUGGAAUAUUAAAAAACAUCUCGAUAAUAUAGACUCAUUUAUUUUGAGUAUUCAUCCACCAUACUUCUUCAAUAGGAUGCCUCGAAAAUUGUCAGAUUUUAAAUGUUUUAAAGCAUCGGAAUUUUUCAAUUGGCUCCUAUACUAUUCAGCUCCAGCACUUCUUGGUUUCUUACCUAACAAGUAUCUACAACAUUGGUUUCUUUUAAUCGUGUCUAUAUAUAAUUUACUUCAGAAACCCAUACACAUGAAUGACUUAAAUAGUACUGAGAUUCUUUUACGAUUAUUUGUCAGAGAUGUUGGUGAGUUGUAUGGUAAUCAUGAAUAUUCAUAUAAUCUUCAUCAAUUAACACACCUUGUAUUAUGUGUUCGACGUUGGGGACCAUUAUGGUCAUCAUCUGCAUUUCCGUUUGAAAAUUAUAAUGGAAUCAUCGCGAAAAGUCUCCACGGUUCGAAACAUCUUGGUGAAGAGCUGAUGAAAAAUUUGAAAUUAGCUCAAGGUAUACAUGCUCUAAAAAAUAAAAUACAUAAUGAUCUGAACGUAUCAGCUGGAAAUAUACAUAAAAAAAACAAGUAUAGACUUAUGAAUAAGAUAAAGACAUGUAAUAUUCGAAUGAAUGAUCUUGAGCUACAAAUUUUGAAUUUAAAUCAUCUAAAUUUAAUAAAUAUAAAUAUAUACUCCCGGAUGGAAAUUGAUAGACACAUUUAUACAACAGAAAUUUACAAACAAAUUAAAACAAAUAGUUACACAAUUAAGUUGAGUACAUAUGAAUACGAAGAAAUGUAUGGUGUAAUUAGAUACUUUUUAGAAAUUGAUAAUGAAUUGUACUUCAUUUUUAAAAAGUUUUCUAUUCAACAACACCGGCUAUUAAUUCAUCAAGAAUCUAUGACAAAAUUACAUUUCAUACUCCCUAUUGUAGAGACUGAUGAUUAUAAAUUAAUAAAUGUAAGAAAUAUUAUUAAUAUAAGUCACAUGAUCCAAGUGGAUAAUUUUAUUUGUAAAUGUCCUCAUGUAUUGAAUAAAGUAACGUAAAAAUAUAUGUAUGUAACAUGUUUAAAGUGAUUAAAGUUCCUGUUUUUCAAAUUCGAACACACAUCUAAGCAGAUCUGGUCAGAUGUGGCUAGAUCUGACCAUAUCAGACUGUAGUAAAUUUACAUGAACCAGGUCUGAUUAAAAUGAAUUUCAUGAAUAGUAAGAUCUGACCAGCUGAAAUUAUGUCAAAUUGAUAAAAGUCAGGUCUAAAUAAAUUUGAUAGCAUGUUCUAUUAGAUCUGGUUAUAUCUUAAUAGACAUGAAAUUGCGGUCAAGACAAUGUCGUCAGAUCUGGCAGGUUCUGCCCCAAUUCGAUCAGAUCAAAUUGCAUUGAACCACAUAACAAGACCGGGUCUGAUAAAAUAUGAUUGUUCCCCAUCAUGCAUAAUCAUGUCAAUACACUUAAAAUAACAGAUUUGUCAAGAUAUAAGUAGAUCUGAUUUGAUCAAAUUAGAUCUAAGCAGAUCUGAUAGUUUUUCCCGGGUAUUGAAAUUAAUCAU